AUGGAACAACAAAAUGAAAUAUUGACGGACAAAAUAUCAAUGACCGAUGACUCGAUAGGCCUUAAUAAAUCUUCAUCUUUAUUAUAUGAUCCUGUUGUGAAUCGAACACGAAAAAUUCUACUUAUUUUAGUUGUCACAUUACUUGUUCUUGGUUUGACAUAUUUCAUAUUUAUUCUUCAUUCAUAUGCAGCUACUAUUUCACCUAAAAGUCAACUUCCUAAUAAUAGUGCUCAAUUGGUAUCGAUACUUAUUUAUAUUGUCUAUUAUAGUUUUGGAUUACUAGUAAUUUAUCGUUAUUAUCAAACAGGUUUAUUUGUCUUUGCUUGGCUUGGUUCUGUAUCUCUCAUUUUAAUACUAGCUAUUGCUAUGGUUAUUCUAAUUGGAAUUAUUGUUGCAACAUCACGUUUAGGUUUUGUUAACGGAAUAAUUGUUGCUAUAAUUUUUAUUAUCAUCUUUCUAACUGCUUCAUUGCUUCAAGUUUUUACUGUUCGAUAUGCUUUUAUAUUAUCAAAAUUACUAAAAAGUACAAAACGUCUAACUACUGAACAGAUUUAA